UCCUUCUUUUGGUUCUCUUCGUCUCCGGCGACCUCUCUCUCUUUCUCUCUCGCCGUCUCAUUUGAGCUCUUUCUCUCUCCCUCUCGUUGCUCUUCGAUCUUCUUGUCUCUAGAUUUCGCUCUUUGAUCUCUCUCUGGCUACGCCUUUACCCAGGUGUAGUGGUGGUAGUCCUCCUUCAAGCUUCCUCUAUGGCGCUGCGUAGCAUUUUUCGGAGGAGCUCUGUUGACCAGAUCUCGUGUUUGGUUUUCCCAUCACUGGGACGAGCUUUCUCCUCUGAUGCGUCUCCGAGCAAACCUAUCCGGGCUACCCUAUUUCCAGGCGAUGGUAUUGGUCCUGAGAUUGCAGAAUCUGUUAAGCAGGUGUUUAAUGCAGCUGAGGUGCCUAUUGAAUGGGAAGAGCAUUUUGUGGCAGACACUGUUGAUCCGAGAACAGAGAGUUUUUUGACAUGGGAAAGUUUGGAGUCUGUGCGAAGAAAUCGUGUGGGGUUGAAAGGGCCCAUGGCUACACCUAUUGGAAAAGGCCACAGGUCUUUGAACCUUACACUAAGAAAGGAGCUUGGUUUGUAUGCAAACGUCCGUCCUUGCCACAGCCUCAGUGGCUAUAAAACCCGAUAUGACAAUGUCAAUCUCGUCACCAUCCGUGAGAACACAGAAGGGGAAUAUAGUGGCUUGGAACACCAGGUGGUGCGCGGUGUUGUAGAAAGUCUCAAGAUCAUCACCCGUCAGGCAAGUUUAAGGGUGGCAGAGUAUGCUUUUCAUUAUGCCAAGGCCAAUGGCCGACAAAGAGUCUCCGCCAUACACAAAGCCAAUAUUAUGAGGAAGACUGAUGGUCUCUUCCUCAAGUGUUGCCGUGAGGUUGCUGAGAAGUAUCCUGAGAUAACUUAUGAGGAAGUCAUUAUUGACAACUGUUGCAUGAUGCUUGUGAAAAAUCCAUCACUUUUUGAUGUGCUAGUGAUGCCUAAUCUUUAUGGAGACAUAAUAAGUGAUCUUUGUGCUGGCUUGAUUGGCGGUUUGGGCCUAACUCCUAGUUGCAACAUCGGUGAAGGGGGCAUUGCUCUUGCAGAGGCUGUGCAUGGGUCUGCCCCAGAUAUUGCUGGCAAGAAUCUUGCAAAUCCGACGGCGCUCCUCCUCAGUUCAGUCAUGAUGUUGCGGCAUUUAAAUCUCAACGAUAAAGCUGAUCGAAUCCAUAAUGCCAUACUGAACACCAUUGCCGAAGGGAAAUACCGAACAGUUGAUCUCGGUGGCACCGCAUCCACAUCAGACUUCACAAAAGCAUUGUGCGAUCAUCUCUAAAAGCCUUCCGUCUUUUGGUAUAGACAAUCAGUGCAGUUGAUAAUUGAUGAACUUAUUUUUCCGGCCACACAUUGCUUGAGCUGCAAAUGCUCAAGUUCAAUUUUAAAUAAUUCUUCAUCAUUUCAUUUGAAUUUCUUUCAACUUUGUUCAACUUGUUUGUAAUAAUCUGCCAAUGCUCACAAAUGUUAACAAUUUCUUUUGGUUAAUUUGUUGAAGAGUUUUCAAAUUGAGUUUGUACCCAUGAAAACUGCCACCCGUUCCAAAUAUAAAUUAUUAUUUACUUGUUCCCAUUUGAA